AUGGAUAAACUUACAAAAUUCAGAUUGAAUGCAAAUUUCUGUAAACCACACUCUAGGAUCAAUAAAUUUUUUGCCAAUACAGUUUUGAGAUGGUGGGAUCAAAUUAGCCAUUUUACAAAAUUCGUGUAUGCUGAAUGUCCUACUAUAACACCACAACAAGUAUGGAAUGAAUACAAUCAAAGCCUUGAUGAUGUUAUAGCAAUUAAAGACAUUGAUCAACUUGUAAAACAAAGAGUUAAAAAUUUCCAAAAACAGAUGAUUCAAACACAAUGCUUGAAAACAAUUGGUGAUACUUUGCUUGAUACAAGAAGAAAACAAGCAGAGCAAAGGAAGAUUCUAACUGAAAUAACCCGAAGUGAUUUUAAUAUUGCUACUAGAAAUGACAAAGAGAACCAGAAGGCUGAUGUUUACAUUAUUAAUGAUUUGGAUUAUGAGAUUGACAACUCAUUUGCCAUUGAAUCUCGUAUUGUGGAUCUUUCAAACUGGACAAAUAUUGAGUGGAAUAGAAUCUUGAAAGUAAAAGAUUAUUCAUCUUUAUACACCAAUUCAAGGAAGUUACUUUUUAAAGAUAAAAUUGAUAUUAAUGUGCAACAAUUAUUGAAAGAUGCACCAAACCUUAGAUCAUUAAAUUGUCUAAAAUCAUGGAAAGAUAAAUUCCAAAAUUUGAGAUCUGAGGAUGCAUUUUUAACAAUGGAAAUCAUAGAAUUUUUUCAUCGCUGUUUAAGAAGAGAAAUUAAUGUAUUGGUGCAACCACAAUGUGAAUGGGAUUUUACAGUAAAAAUCUUAAGUCAUAUAAUUGGGUUUCUUCUAGAAGAAUUUGACAAUGGUGUCUUUGAACUUAAUUGGAUUGAGAAAGAAUCAAGAAGCAUUGCAAGUAGAAAAAGAAUAGACAUACACCCAGAAUAUACACAACUAAAUAAUCAAAUACAAAAAAUGGAUCUCAUUGUGACAUUAAGAAGCAAUCCAAUAGAAAUACUAUUCAUAGAGGCAGGUAAUACUUCAAACAUUAUUGGUAAUUUUGAUGACAGAAAAUAUCAUGAAGAUCAUUCAACUGUCAAAAUUGCAAUGAAGGAUUCUUUGGAUAUGUUAAGAAUAAAUCUGCACUUCAACAAAAAAGACAUGAAUAAUCUUUAUAUAAUUGGAAUUCAAGUAUCAGAAAUGGCAACAUUAACUGUUCCAACAACAAUGUCAUCCAUGGAAGAUUUUCUACCAGGAUUUAUCCAAAAUCUUUUAGGACUGAGACAUUCAAUGCUAGAUUUAGCAAAGAAUAUAAGACAAACAGCACAAAAAAGAUUGUUGACACCAUCACCUCCGUCAUCACUCCCUCAUAAGACUUCAGAUACACCUAUAAUUAAAAGACAGAAAAGUGAUCCAUUUGAUAUUUUUGAUGAUAUUUAUUGA